AUGGAGUGUUCAGACCAGGAAUCUCUCGGAUUCGAUCUCUCAUGGUGGAGGCCUCUGGAGGCCAUUGGUGUAGGAUGGGGUGCCCUGGCGAUUCGGGACGAUCCCUGCACACCACUUCCCAAUGGUUCCAUGACAAGGGGUGAGCAAAAUCAUGGUGAACAGCUUGAGCUUCCUGGAGAACAAUGGGCUAAUCUAGAAAAGGCUACUGAAUCAGUUCGCUCAAUGCCCAUGGAUGGGAAUCACAAGAGUAGGAAUCUCAACUAUCCAAUUUCAUCCUGGGAAGUGACCAAUCAGCAAAGACAACGGAUCAAAUUGGGUGCUGAACUCAAACAACACCUUUUUAGCUCUCCAAAUCAACAAUCUGAGAAAGAGCUCAAUGAGUUAGAUGAGGCAAGUAGGAGAUUGGAGGAGGCAAUGGGGAGAGUUAGCCAAGUUCGAUGGGGUAGUGCAAGGGCUGAUGAGAUUGGUCAGGAGAAACAGAUUGAAGACGAAGUGCAGAGAUUUGGGUAUCUGGCUCAAAGAGUUAAGCGCAUAGGUCCUCCACCGCCGCUCUCGCAAUUCUUCGCAGAGGUUGUCAAGGCCGACAAGAUGGCGUGGAGAGAGCAGGAGCAGCGGUCGUGGAAGCGGUGCUCGGAUGAGUGGAUGGAUGAAGACGACACGCUGGGCGGAGAGCUUCACAACGAGCAGGAUCUGCGUCAGAAGCUUCAGCGAGGUGCUGAUGGGAAGGUAAUAGCCGUCAACACUGGGGGGCAUGGAUCUGCUAGAGGGGGUUACAAUGAUCGUGAUUAUGAUAGAGGUGCUAGAGGAUACAGAGGAUCUGAAGGAAAUCUUCAAGGGGGUAGAGGUUAUGGUAGAGGUCAACCUGUUACCGAAGACCUAGAUUUUGGGAGACGCAACUUUGGGAAGGAAGGGGGCAAGGGAGCUCCAUCUUUCAGAGGAGGUAUAUAUCCGAGGGGGCAAGGAGCCCAGGGGAAUUGGAGACCUAAGGAGCCUGGUAGAGAUAAGAACUUAUCACAAAUUGAAGGAAAACCUCUAGAUAUCAAUUGUUUUCGUUGUCUGGAGUUGGGUCAUCAUCAAUCAGAUUGCACUAUAGAGCCAGUAUGUUACAAGUACAAAGGCAAGGGACAUAUGGCUGUUGACUGUGAGCAGACAAAACGAAAAAUUAAUCUAUUUGGUUUUGGAAAGCAGACUAUGCCCAUCGCGGCAUACCAUCCUAGCAUAGGCGUUUUACAGUUAAUGCCGAAUGAGGUGAACACCAUGGGUGGUGAUUCAUUCAUUUGGGAUCCUACUGCCUGUAUGCUACAGUCAAAUGAAAAAUCCAAAGAAAUUCAAAUGAUAUUAUUUAAGGAAGCAACAAACAGUGAGGAGCUUAUGGAGGUGCAGGAUGUGGAAAAUUGCAAGGAGGAGGGAGACCAGGUUUUUAAAAACAAACCUGAGGAUAAGAUAGUCCACGGUAGGAUGGGUCCCUAUCUUAUGGACAAGAACAAGUGGCCACGUUUGUCCUUGCCUAAUGAAACAGAGAUUGAGUCAUAG